AUCUGGCUGCCAGUCCCUGGAGGAGGCGGAGGGAGUCCGCAGCUGCCCGGCCUGGGCACCAUGCAGCCGGGCAGGCAGUAGGGGCAGCCCGCGGGGGGCCAUGGCCACCUGGAAGCGGGACGGCCGGGUGACCGGCUGCCAGCGGCUGGGCUGCGCGGGGCUGGCCGGGGUGCUGAGCCUCAGCCUGACCGCCCCGCUGGAGCUGCUCACCGUUCUGGCCCAGGUGGGCACCUCCCCGCCCUGGCGUGGGCUCUGGCAGGCGGGCCGCAGCGUCUGCCAGGCCGAGGGCAUCGGGGCCCUGUGGAAGGGGAACCUCACCGCCUGCCUGCGCCUCUUCCCCUGCAGCGCCCUGCAGCUCGCCUCCUACCGCAGGUUUGUCGUGCUCUUUAUGGAUGACUUGGGCCACAUUUCCCAGUGGAGUGCCAUCAUGGCCGGAAGCUUGGCUGGCACGGUUGCAACAAUAGUGACUUACCCUACCGAUGUGGUAAAAACGCGACUCAUAGUGCAGAACCGGUUGGAGCCAUCUUACAAAGGGAUUCUUCAUGCUUUUUACACAAUUUAUCAUCAAGAAGGAUUCCCUGCACUUUAUCGCGGUGUUUCACUGACUGUAUUAGGCGCAAUCCCGUUUUCUGCUGGCUCGUUCUUUGUUUACAUCAAUCUGAAUAAAAUAUGGCAUGAGCCCAGCUUUCACUUCUCUCCUCUUCAGAACUUCAUAAAUGGCUGCCUAGCAGCUGGGGUAGCACAGACACUCUCCUUCCCCUUUGAGACCGUAAAGAGGAAAAUGCAGGCUCAGAGUCCUUGCCUUCCCCAUUAUGGAGGGGUUGAUGUCCAGUUUACUGGCAUGGUUGACUGUUUUAGGCAAACUGUGAAGACCAAGGGUGUGUUCGGACUCUGGUGUGGACUCACAGCCAAUCUGCUCAAGAUUGUCCCAUACUAUGGUGUUAUGUUUAGCACUUUUGAGUUCUGCAAGCGGGUCUGUCUCUACAGAAAUGGUUAUAUUGAAUCUCCCUUAAGCUACAAGCUAAUUCCUGGAGUGGACCAGAGUUUACAACCACAAGAGUUGCAAGAAUUAAAGUUUCUCCAAAGAGGAAAUUUUGAGCCACCAAAGCCAACUCUUGAAAAUUGACACUGGAAAGUCUAUUGAACAAAUAUAUGUUGCAGUCAUUCUCGGCCAACUCCACAACCUGAAGAAAACGUAGCAAAAAGGAAGACACAUUGCACUAGAGGUAGCAACACCUCAGUUUACUGUAUGGCCUUCCUUGGGAUUGAAACCCCCAUGUCAAACAUGAAUAAACCUUGUAACUC